GAGGUACGAGAGUAAGCCGUCUCGCAUGACAUCCUUGGCGCCUUUAAUGAAUGCGUUUCUAGCGUGGAUUCGCGUAGUUUUAUAUUACGUCCGACAUUGCGAAUUUUGGAAAACUACGGGCUAUUCGGUGGAAAGAGAACACUUUUUUAGGGUUUUGUUUUGGUCGACACGUGCGGGGACGCACGGUGAUGAAAUUAAUAAGCAAAAUACCAACAAGGACAAGGGAAGUGUCUAGAAAUCGUUAUGGAUCACUACGGAAUUAUUACCAGAAAACAAAAUCCCAAGGACCGAGCUAACAUUUUUUCUCUCUUGACUUUUACGUACACUUUCGGGUUGUUUAAGAAAGCGUUCAAAAGGGACCUAGUGGAGGACGACAUAUACGAAGUGAUCGAAUCGUGUAAGGCGAAGAAAAAUGGCGACAGGUUCGAAAAAAAAUGGAAGCGGCAAAAAAACCGAACGAAUCCCUCCUUAGCCCGUUUGAUGUGGCAGUGUUUCGGCAUCAGAUAUGUAGUUUUGGGAAUCAUUCGGGUGUCGGCCAAAAUUUUCGUAAGCGUCGUGGAACCUGAAGCCAUUGGCAAGCUCGUAUCCUACUUUAAUCCAACCCAAGCAACGUUGACAUUCCACGACGCUCUGUAUUACGCAGCGCUCAUGAUCGGAGCGAAACUGUUAAACGUGUUCUCACUCCAAAACUACAUUUUAUUCCUGCAACAACUCGCUAUUCAGAUCAGGACCUGCCUUUGUUCCAUGGUAUACAGAAAAGCUUUGAAGCUAACCCCAACCGCUAUGAACGAAAUCAGCCUAGGAAAUAUUAUCACGGUGAUCACGAAGGACGUGUUGGUAUUUGAACAAGCAAUUUACAUGUUUAACGAUAUGUGGAUGGAGCUCAUCCGGAUGACUGUAGUUAGUUACUUAAUUUAUAACAAGAUGGGCGUAUCUUGUUUUAUCGGAGUUGGAGUCCUUCUCUUGGUGAUACCGAUCCAAAUUUACAUCGGAAAGAGGAUAAAAAACCUGCGACUGGAACUGGCCCACAAAACAGAUCAACGACUCCAGGCCACCCAAGAAGCGCUGUCCGCUAUAAAAAUAAUUAAAAUGUACACGUGGGAGAAGAUAUUCGCGAAAAAGGUCGAAGAAAAAAGAACGAAAGAAAUGAAAUACCUGAUGAAAUGUUUCUACUUGCGUGCCCUUAACUUUAUAGUUGGAGCUUUUAACACCAAAAUCGGAUUCUACUGUCUGAUCAUGGCGUACAUUUACUUCAACAAAGUGGCAGACGCGGAGGUCAUGUUUUACGUGCUCAAGUGUUUCAAAGACCUGAAAAUGUCGGUUGCUUUCAUCAUCCCAGCAGGCUUGGGAAGGGGCGCCGAGUUGAUCGCUUCCGCGAAUCGAAUCAACAAGGUAUUUAGCAGCGAGGAACUGGAGGAAACUGAUGAUACGAACCACGAACACGCAAUAAUCAAACUUAGCAACGUUAAUGUAACCAUCAAACAGAACGAAAUUCUGAGGAACAUAUCGUUCGAACUGAAACCCGGUUUGACUGUGAUUACCGGCCCGUUGGGUUGUGGGAAAAGCGCACUGUUGAAAUUGUUCCUUAAGGACUAUCACGUAACAAGCGGAAAAAUAUACACCCAAGGUCGAUUUUCUUAUUGUUCGCAAGACCCGUGGUUGUUUCCGUCGUCUAUCAAACAAAACAUACUUUUCGGUCAGCCGUACGAAGAAAAACGAUACGACGAAGUAAUUAAAGUGUGCGCUCUUCAAUACGAUCUCAAUUUGUUCGACAAAGGCGACGAAACAAUCGUCUCGGAUCGCGGUAUGAAUCUCAGCGGCGGACAACAAGCUCGAGUGAAUCUGGCCAGAGCAGUUUACAGGAAGAGCAACGUGUAUCUUUUGGACGAUCCUUUGCACGCCCUCGAUCCAAACGUGCAAGACUAUAUCUACCAAAAUUGUAUCAGAGGUUUCCUCAAGAACGAAUAUUGCGUUAUGGUCACGCACAAUUUAAAGCACAAGAGUCACGCCGACAGACUCGUCGUUUUGAACGAAGGUCGGAUCGUGUUCGAGGGUAAUCCUCAGAAUGUCGACGGCGAACUGUUGAAGGGCGUCGAAUUGCAGGCGGACAAAGUGGAGGAAAACGAAAAAGGAAACGAAGGGAAUGACGACGAUGAAACGGCGACGUUAAUAAAACGAACGUUAACUAAAAAAAAGGUGUACGGCGAAUCGAAAAAAGAAGGCAAGGUCGAGAUGGAGGUUUAUAAAAACUAUUUUAAAUUCGGCGGCGGCUUAUUGUUCUUUUCGGUCAUAGUGGGUUUGUACGUGUGCGCUGAGUUUACGGACAGCUACUCGACGAGGGUGCUAACAGACUGGAUAAAUGUGCAACAAAACGUUACGAAUAUAUUGACAAAUCCGAUAGAAAGGGCCACUCGUGGUGCCACAAACACGACUACCGAAAAUGGCAACGCUUAUCCAGAGAUACUCAACCUAGUUAGUACGGAAAAAGCAAAAGAUAUAGACAACGAAAUAUACCCAAAAGUAGCGUUUGAGAACAUCGUCCUAGUUCAGUUAUACGACCAAGCCCAUUGGUUGCUAAAGCUCUAUACACUGAUGAUUGUUGCGUCGGUCUUCCUAGAUCUAAUCAAACAGUUAUUAUUCGUGAAUUUUUCGAGAAAGGCGUCGAUUAAUCUCCAUAACACGAUGAUCGAAAAACUAGUUACUGCAGCAAUGUCGUUUUUUGACACUUAUUUUAUCGGCAACAUACUUAACAGGUUCUCCCAGGAUCUGACCACGGUAGAUGAACAUUUACCCUUGAGCAUCAAUAUGGUUAUCGAGUGUGUUCUGGCGGCAGGAGGAGUCGGAAUUCUAGUAGCCACAGUUAGUUGGCAAUUUCUGAUACCCUCGGUAAUUUUAUUACUGUGCUUGGUUGGAUUAAGAUUCAUUUAUAUACCGACGUCGCGGAGCUUGAAGAGAUUGGAAUCGGCAACACGAAGCCCGCUGAUUGGCCAUUUGAACGCUUCCAUGGAGGGAGUUACCACCAUAAGAGCGUGCAAGGCGGAAAAAAUUCUCGAAGAAGAGUUUGAUAGACAUCAAGAUCUCUAUACGUCGGCCCAUUUCAUGACGUUUUCCAUCAGAAGAGCUUUCUCCUUCGCCAUGGAUAUGUUGUCGGUUUUUUUCGUCGCCGUUAUUGUGGCGAAAUUUUUAUUUUUCGACCUAGAAACAUCAUCUGGCGAUGUGGGUCUGGCCAUAACGAAAGCGGCAUCUCUGGCCAACAUCAUCCAGUGGGUGUUGAUGGUAUGGUCUGACGUGGAAAAUAACAUGACUUCCGUCGAAAGGGUUCUCGAAUACACGGAAGUCGGGCAAGAUCUGUACGAAGGCAGACGAAUUGACAAUUGGCCUACAAAGGGCAAAAUUGUUUACGAAAACGUAUCUUUGGCAUACAAAGACGAAAAAGUCUUGAAAAAUUUGUCGUUCGAGGUUGAGUCGAAACAAAAGAUUGGCAUAGUGGGUAGGACAGGUGCCGGAAAAUCGUCAAUCAUAUCCACAAUGUUUAGGCUGUACAAUUUUGACGGAAGAAUUUUUAUCGAUGGCGUGGACACGAAAACUUUAUCUCUCGAUCUGCUAAGAGAUAAGAUUUCAAUCAUACCACAGGAACCUCUAUUAUUUCAAGGAACCAUACGAGAAAACAUCGACCCGCUAGGACGGUACUCCGACGCAGAAGUUUGGCAGACACUGGACCAAGUUCACAUGAAAGAGCACAUUGACACGUUGGAACUGGCCAUCACAGACCACGGAUCGAAUUUCUCGACAGGCCAGAGGCAGUUGAUUUGUUUGGCCAGGGCCACAAUAAAGAAGAACAAGAUCGUCGUUUUAGACGAGGCUACUUCCAAUAUGGACCCCGAGACCGAAUUUCUAGUGCAGAAAGUCGUGAGAGAACAGUUUGCCGACUAUACCGUAUUCAUUAUCGCUCACAGAUUGCAAUCGGUGUUGGACUGCAACCAAAUCAUAGUGAUGGAGAAAGGAAGAAUAGUCGAAAUGGACGAACCUCUACGUUUGCUGAACGAUAAGCGCAGUUUCUUCACAAAGAUGCUGCAGGUCGACAACGCCCAUCUCUUCGAUAAAUGAUAGAAUUAAAUUCUUGCAGUUUACUUGGUUUUCUGAUGUUUAUUUUCGAAUCUUAUACAAAACCGGCGUUCAUCGCAUUGAGAAAAAAA